CCAUGUGAUUACUCAACAUAAUAAUUUAAUAACGUACAUACUUGUAUUUUUAUUCUAUUUUAGUUGGUGGGGUAUUCUUCAACACAUUUUUGGAAGGAAAUUUUGGCACGGGCAUGGUGUUUACAUAAAGCAAUAAUUUAAAUAAACUCUCUUUCUCUCCUCCUCUCUAUCUUGUUUCUCCCCCACUUCCCUCCUUCUUCCGUGAACACUUUGACAUUUUUUGGUCACAAAUAAUUAAUAUCAUCUUCUUCUUUUUUUACAAAUAAAAAACAUUUGUUAUCUCUUUUUUUAAAUAGAAAAGUUUCUCAACAGCUCAAAAUAAGGGGCUGUAGCCUUCAUUUGCCUCCCUGUGCUUGGUUCAUGUUAUUUUACCUGUUUUCAUAAUCCACAUCUAAAUUUGCAUGAAGAAUAUUGUCUGACUUGAAGGUGAAGUCUAUUCUAUUGAGAUGCCCCGUUGCGGUUGAAAUUUACUGCACCUCAGCUCUAGGACAGUGACAGUGUUGAAGUGAAAACUGGACCAAACCUCGCUGCCAACGCCCCCGGCUAUAGCGAAACAGCGGGUGCGUUGAGAAAGAGGUAGGGAAAUCAUACUUGUAAACGUGGGCGUUUGAUUUUAUGAUCAAUAUAUCGUACUUGUAAACCUGUAUUUUAAGUAAACCGGAAAAUAAUAUUUUAGAUCUGUGACUGUGACCGGGUAGCGGUAUGUUGCAACAUUGGCUUGAUAGCCUUCGCAAGACAAGUGAAUGGCUUGCGUCACGUUUUUUCAUUGAAAAGUGGGCAUAGCAUAGCUACAGUAGCUAGCCAGUUAAACUGGUUAGGCUAAAUGUUAUUGUAGCUACUGUUCAGCAACACUGGCUAAGGAAUUUGCUAAUAAUUAACUACCUGCUUGUUCGCUAGACUAAUGUUACAAUCCCAACGUUUGGCCAGUCUCUGCCCGGGCAGGGGGAUGGAGAGUUGCUUCUGACUGUUUCAGCGGCCCAGAAGGUUAUGUGUUUCCACUCACAGUUUCUACUACAGUAACACAGAGAGACUUCCGAAACCCAGGAUGCAGACCAUUAAAUGUGUUGUGGUCGGUGAUGGAGCCGUGGGAAAAACCUGCCUUUUAAUUUCCUACACAACCAACAAAUUCCCCUCUGAAUAUGUACCUACUGUGUUUGACAACUAUGCAGUGACUGUUAUGAUUGGUGGUGAGCCAUAUACCCUAGGAUUAUUUGAUACUGCAGGACAAGAGGACUAUGAUAGGUUACGGCCUUUAAGUUACCCUCAAACAGAUGUUUUCCUAGUCUGUUUCUCAGUAGUUUCACCCUCUUCAUUUGAGAAUGUUAAAGAAAAGUGGGUACCUGAAAUCACUCACCACUGUCCCAAGACACCAUUUCUGUUGGUUGGAACCCAAAUUGACUUGAGAGAUGACCCCUCUACAGUGGAGAAGCUUGCCAAGAACAAGCAGAAGCCAAUUACCCCAGAGACAGCUGAGAAACUGACCCGUGAUCUUAAGGCUGUCAAAUAUGUCGAGUGUUCUGCCCUUACACAGCGAGGUCUGAAGAAUGUAUUUGAUGAAGCUAUACUAGCAGCUUUAGAGCCACCUGAAACCCAGCGGAAGAGGAAGUGCUGUCUGUUCUGAUGUCGUUUUCACUUCAGCCUAUGGGCUGCUCAUGAAAUGUAAAAAAAAAUAUAUAUAUAUAUUUGUCACUUAAAUAACCAAGAUGUUCUUUUGAAAUGUUAGGUCAUUAACACUUUAUUUCCAUGUUUAUAUUUGCUUUGACGUGACCUUUUUGCCAAUUGUUUUUAUUGGAGAGACCACCUCCAUUAAUUUAUUUUUUGUGCUGGUUUACAUUAAGUUCUAUGUGUACAUUUUAGCUUCAUGAUCUAUAAUAGCAAAUGAUAACCCUGACGUUAUUGACAGGGUUGUGAAGUGAAAACCUGUCAAAGUAUCUAUAACACGUGCUGCUAUUGGUGGUAAAAUUAUGUGUUGAGAUACUCGGGCAAUGUUACCGUGGGAGCACUUAGUUUUUUGUGCAUUAAAGCAUUAAACACCCUCUAAAA